GAGUCGGAUCAUGGCACUCUUCGUGUUGAUGGAUUCACUUGCGUCCCAGGGGCUAAGCUUGUAUUAGAACCAAUCACAGCUCGGUUACACUCGCCUUUCAGCAUGUCAGGCUACAAUCAAGGCGGCCAUUACGAUGAUGGCUACGCCCAACAUGGUGGCCAUGGGGAUUCCUAUUACCAGGAUGAACAUCAUGGCCAGGCUUACUACGAUCCCAACGACUAUGGCGAUGGUUACUAUGAUAGAGGAGGAUACUAUGCCGAUGGUGGACAUGGUUACCAGCAGGACGGCGGGUACUAUGACGCUGGCCACCAGGACGAUUACUAUGGCGAGCCCUACUAUGACCAAGCGAACGGCCAGCAAAGAGGACGACGUCGCGGCGAUUCGGAGGAAGACUCGGAGACGUUCAGUGAUUUUACUAUGAGAUCCGAAACGGCACGUGCGGCGGACAUGGACUACUACGGUCGCGGGGACGAACGCUACAACAGCUAUGCCGACAGCCAGUAUGGUGGACGUGGUGGAUAUGGCUACCGUCCGCCCUCCUCCCAGAUCUCCUACGGAGGCAACCGGUCGUCCGGAGCGUCGACUCCCGUCUACGGCAUGGACUACGGAAAUGCUCUGCCUGCUGGUCAGCGAUCCCGGGAGCCGUAUCCGGCGUGGUCCUCUGAUGCCCAAGUUCCUGUUUCCAAGGAGGAAAUCGAGGACAUUUUCCUCGACCUGGUCAACAAAUUCGGUUUCCAAAGGGAUAGUAUGCGUAACAUGUACGACCACCUCUUAACACAGCUAGACUCGCGUGCCUCCCGUAUGACGCCAAACCAGGCACUCCUUUCUCUGCAUGCCGACUACAUCGGUGGUGAUAAUGCGAACUAUCGUCGUUGGUACUUCGCGGCUCACCUUGAUCUCGAUGAUGCUGUGGGCUUUGCCAACAUGAAGUUGGGCAAGGCGGAUCGAAAGACCAGAAAGGCCCGCAAAGCGGCCCAGAAAAAGGCGAAAGAGAACCCGGAGAAUGUGGAUGAGACUCUUGAAGCACUCGAGGGCGAUAACAGUCUCGAAGCCGCCGAGUACCGGUGGAAGACCCGCAUGAACCGCAUGUCGCAGCACGACCGAGUCCGUCAAGUGGCCUUGUACUUGUUGUGCUGGGGCGAGGCUAAUCAGGUCCGGUUCUUGCCCGAGUGUCUCUGUUUUAUCUUCAAGUGCGCGGAUGACUACUAUAGUUCGCCAGAAUGCCAGAACCGGGUUGAGCCCGUCGAGGAGUUUACUUACCUGAACGAAAUCAUCACUCCUCUUUACCAGUACUGCCGUGAGCAGGGCUAUGAGAUCUCCGACGGAAAAUACGUGCGCAGAGAGAAGGAUCACAACCAGAUUAUUGGUUACGAUGACAUGAACCAACUUUUCUGGUACCCCGAGGGCAUCGAGCGAAUUGUAUUCGAAGACAAGACCCGCCUUGUUGACAUUCCAACCGCUGAAAGAUGGCUCAAGCUGAAGGAAGUCGAUUGGAAGAAGGUGUUCUUCAAGACAUACAGGGAAACCAGAUCUUGGUUCCAUAUGAUCACGAACUUCAACCGUAUUUGGGUCAUUCACUUGUGUUCUUUCUGGUUCUUCACCGCGUACAACGCCCCGACUCUAUACACGAAAAACUACCAACAGCAGUUGAAUAAUAAGCCUCCCGGCUCUUACUACUGGUCUGCUGUUGGUUUCGGUGGUGCCCUGGCCUCUUUCAUUCAGGUUUUGGCUACUAUUUGUGAAUGGAUGUACGUCCCACGACGGUGGGCCGGUGCUCAGCACCUCACCAAGCGACUGAUGUUCCUCCUGCUGAUGUUCAUCAUCAACCUGGCCCCUGGUGUGGUUGUUUUCGGCUUCAAGAAGCAGAUCGGUGAAACAAUUGCCCUGGUCAUUGGUAUCGUUCACUUCAUCAUUGCUCUGGUGACCUUCUUCUUCUUUUCCGUCAUGCCGCUUGGUGGUUUGUUCGGUAGCUACUUGAAGAAAAAUGGUCGUCAAUACGUUGCCAGUCAGACAUUCACUGCCAGCUGGGCACGUCUCCAGGGCAAUGACAUGUGGAUGUCCUACGGUCUUUGGGUUUGUGUUUUUGGAGCAAAAUUGGCUGAGUCUUACUUCUUCUUGACUCUCUCCUUCAAGGAUCCCAUCCGUAUUCUUUCUCCAAUGCAGAUCCAGCGGUGCUCUGGUGUCCAAUACCUCGGAACUGUGCUGUGUUAUCGUCAGCCGCAGAUCUUGCUCGGCCUGAUGUUCUUCAUGGAUUUGACCCUCUUCUUCCUGGAUAGUUACCUCUGGUAUAUUAUUUGCAACACCGUUUUCUCUGUUGCAAGGUCUUUCUACCUUGGUGUUUCUAUCUGGUCCCCAUGGAGAAACAUCUUCUCUCGCCUCCCGAAGCGUAUCUACUCCAAGGUUCUUGCCACCACGGACAUGGAGAUCAAGUACAAGCCAAAGGUUCUCAUUUCACAAGUCUGGAACGCAAUCAUCAUUUCCAUGUAUCGCGAACAUCUGCUGGCUAUUGACCAUGUCCAGAAGCUCUUGUACCACCAAGUUCCUUCUGAACAAGAGGGUAAGCGGACUCUGCGUGCCCCAACUUUCUUCGUAUCCCAGGAAGAUCAAUCUUUCAAGACCGAAUUCUUCCCCCCGGGAAGCGAAGCUGAGCGCCGUAUUUCCUUCUUCGCACAGUCCCUGUCUACUCCUAUGCCCGAGCCCUUGCCUGUCGACAACAUGCCCACUUUCACUGUCCUGAUUCCCCACUACAGCGAGAAGAUUCUCUUGUCGCUCCGUGAGAUUAUCCGUGAAGACGAACCUUACUCCCGUGUCACUCUGCUCGAGUACCUCAAGCAGCUGCACCCUCACGAGUGGGAUUGUUUCGUCAAGGACACGAAGAUCCUUGCAGAUGAAACCUCUCAAUUCAACGGUGAAAUGGAGAAGACUGAGAAGGAUGUCGCUAAGAGUAAGAUCGACGAUCUUCCGUUCUAUUGCAUUGGUUUCAAAUCCGCUGCUCCAGAAUAUACUCUUCGUACCCGUAUUUGGUCUUCCUUGCGUUCGCAAACACUCUACAGAACCAUUUCCGGCUUUAUGAACUACAGCCGCGCCAUCAAGCUGCUUUAUCGUGUUGAGAACCCGGAAGUCGUACAAAUGUUCGGUGGUAACUCCGAAAAGCUGGAACGGGAACUGGAAAGAAUGGCUCGUCGCAAGUUCAAGAUCUGUGUUUCGAUGCAGCGUUAUGCCAAGUUCAACAAAGAAGAACGCGAAAACACUGAAUUCCUUCUCCGUGCCUAUCCCGACUUGCAAAUUGCCUACCUUGAUGAGGAAGCGCCAGAGAAUGAAGGUGAUGAGCCCCGCCUGUACUCGUCUUUGAUUGACGGACACUGCGAACUACUCGAGAACGGAAUGCGGAAGCCCAAGUUCAGGAUUCAAUUGUCUGGAAACCCCAUUCUGGGAGAUGGCAAGUCCGACAACCAGAACCACGCCAUCAUCUUCUACCGUGGUGAAUACAUUCAGGUCAUUGACGCCAACCAGGACAACUACCUUGAAGAGUGCUUGAAGAUUCGUAGCGUUCUUGCCGAGUUUGAGGAGUUGACAACUGACAACGUAUCUCCGUACACGCCCGGUAUCCCGUCAUCGGACGUCAACCCUGUUGCUAUCCUUGGUGCUCGUGAAUACAUUUUCUCCGAGAACGUUGGUGUCCUUGGUGAUGUCGCCGCUAGUAAGGAACAAACAUUCGGUACCCUCUUCGCCCGUACACUUGCCGAGAUUGGUGGUAAGCUGCAUUAUGGUCACCCUGAUUUCCUCAACGGUAUCUUCAUGUGCACCCGCGGUGGUAUCUCGAAAGCUCAGAAGGGUCUUCACCUGAACGAAGAUAUCUAUGCCGGUAUGAAUGCUAUGGUCCGUGGUGGUCGUAUCAAGCACUGUGAAUACUUCCAGUGUGGUAAGGGUCGUGAUCUUGGUUUUGGCUCUAUUCUUAACUUCACUACUAAGAUUGGUACUGGUAUGGGCGAGCAAAUGCUGUCUCGAGAGUAUUAUUAUCUUGGCACACAGCUACCCCUCGAUCGGUUUUUGUCCUUCUAUUACGCGCAUCCUGGUUUCCAUCUUAACAAUAUGUUCAUCAUGCUUUCUGUGCAGAUGUUCAUGAUCGUUCUGAUCAAUCUGGGAGCCCUGAAGCAUGAGACCAUCACUUGCAGGUACAACAAGAAUUUGCCAAUUACCGACCCCUUGCGCCCAACCUUCUGUGCCAACCUUGUACCUGUCAUUGACUGGGUCAACCGCUGUGUCAUUUCCAUCUUCAUCGUCUUCUUUAUCUCUUUUGUCCCACUCGCGGUCCAAGAGCUUACAGAGAGAGGUGUUUGGCGCAUGGCCACUCGUCUCGCAAAACAUUUCGGCUCUUUCUCGUUCAUGUUCGAAGUGUUUGUCUGCCAGAUUUACGCCAAUGCUGUUCAUCAAAACCUGUCGUUUGGUGGUGCUCGUUAUAUCGGUACUGGCCGUGGUUUCGCGACCGCUCGUAUUCCGUUUGGUGUGCUCUACUCACGUUUCGCUGGUCCUUCCAUCUACGCCGGUGCGCGACUCUUGCUCAUGCUCCUUUUCUCCACGUCUACCGUAUGGAGUGCGGCUUUGAUUUGGUUCUGGGUUUCGCUGCUUGCUCUUUGCAUAUCGCCCUUCCUUUUCAACCCUCAUCAAUUCGCUUGGCAAGACUUCUUCAUUGACUACCGUGACUACCUUCGCUGGCUCUCUCGCGGUAACUCACGGUCUCACGCGUCUUCUUGGAUCGCUUUCUGCCGACUGUCUCGUACUCGCAUUACGGGUUACAAGCGGAAGCUCCUCGGCGUUCCGUCUGAAAAGGGAUCUGGUGAUGUCCCCAGAGCUCGUAUUACGAACAUCUUUUUCAGCGAAAUCGUCGCACCCUUAGUUUUGGUUGGUGUUACCUUGAUUCCAUACCUAUUCAUCAACUCUAGAACUGGCACCAUGGAGGACGACAAGUCCCCGAAGAAUGCUAUUGCCCGAAUUGCGAUUGUGGCUUUUGGUCCCAUCGCUAUCAACGCUGGUGUUGCUGGCAUGUUCUUCGGUAUGGCAUGCUGUAUGGGUCCAAUCUUUAGCAUGUGCUGCAAGAAGUUCGGUGCCGUACUGGCCGCCAUCGCGCACGCAAUCGCUGUCAUCAUCCUGCUCGUUAUCUUCGAGGUCAUGUUCUUCCUCGAGGGUUGGUCUUGGCCUAGGUGUGUCUUGGGUAUGAUCUCGGCGGCUGCAAUUCAACGUUUCGUGUACAAGCUUAUCAUCUCACUUGCCUUGACUCGUGAGUUCAAGCACGACCAAUCUAACAUCGCCUGGUGGACUGGAAAGUGGUACAACAUGGGCUGGCACUCACUGUCCCAGCCUGGUCGUGAAUUCCUGUGCAAGAUCACAGAGCUCGGCUAUUUCGCUGCUGAUUUCGUUCUUGGUCAUCUGAUUCUCUUUAUCAUGUUGCCUGCUCUCUGUGUUCCUUACAUUGAUAAGUUCCACUCCGUUAUUCUUUUCUGGCUGCGCCCAAGUCGUCAAAUCCGGCCUCCGAUCUACUCUUUGAAGCAGUCGAAGCUUCGUAAGAGAAGAGUGGUUCGCUUCGCGGUCCUCUAUUUUGCGAUGCUGCUCCUCUUCCUCAUCCUUCUUAUCGCACCGUUGGUCGUUCGCAAGUUGAACAUUAGCCUGCCCAGCAUCCCACUGGAUCUCUUACAACCGCUUGACGCGCAACACAACAAUACCAUCACUAGCUAUACCGGCUAUGGACUUCCGAAUGGCGACAGCGGAAUCCCGCCGUCGGUUUUGGCUUCCGCUACGUACAAGCGUCAAUGCUCGGCUUUGAUCGCGAAGCUCUUAUACCUCCCUUCCGACCCCCGCUUUUUCGCCCUUUUGCGCUGCGAGCGCCGUGUUACCUUUUCCAUCAUGGAUAUCCAGGAGACCCAACGUCUCCUUUCGGAGUAUCUCCAUGAGCUUGCAGACCUCUUCCAUCGCGUUCCGGGUUCCGCGAUCUUUCUUCGCUACGUCAAAUCCAGCUAUCAAAAUGAUCCCAUUCGUUCUGCGGUUGAGCUCUUUCUAUUCCUAUUCGCGGUUCGCUAUUUGCUUGCUCCCAAGUAUUCGACCAAACCUGGAGUGGUCCAACUCUCAGAGGAUGAGAUCGACGACUUGGUAGACGAGUGGACUCCUGAACCACUUGUAGGAAAACCCACAGUCUUGGAGGAGAUGGAGGUCGAUAAGCGGACAGUAAUUGUUGGUCCAGUCGGCCCCAAGUCGAAACUGGCCAAUGGCAGAACCGUCGUUAACCUUGGCUCCUAUAACUUCUACAAUUUUAACACCAACGAGUCGCUCAAAGAGAAAGCUAUUCAGACUCUCCGCAAUUACGGCGUUGGUCCUUGUGGCCCCCGAGGAUUUUACGGCACUCAAGAUGUUCAUAUGAAGACGGAGGCGGACGUUGCCUCGUUCCUGGGUACCGCAUCAUGUAUCAUCUACUCCCAGGCCUUUUCCACCAUCUCAAGUGUUAUCCCCGCGUUCUCGAAACGUGGAGACAUCAUUGUUGCGGAUAAGGGCGUUAAUUUUGCUAUCCGGAAGGGCAUUCAGAUCUCCCGUAGCAUGGUUCGAUGGUAUGAACAUAACGACAUGGAGGAUCUGGAAAGAGUCCUUGCCAAGGUUACCAAAGAACAAGCCAGAAAACCACUCACGAGACGUUUCAUCAUCACGGAAGGUUUGUUUGAAUCAUACGGUGAUAUGGUUGACCUGCCCAAGAUCAUUGAGCUCAAACUGAAGUACAAGUUCCGACUCAUCCUCGACGAAUCGUGGUCGUUCGGCGUCCUCGGAAGGACCGGUCGUGGUGUUACGGAGCAUCAAAAUGUGGACGCGGCCGAAGUUGACAUGAUCGUGGGCUCGCUGGCCGGCCCCUUGGUUGCGGGUGGAGGCUUCUGCGCUGGUUCGGAGGAGAUCGUUCAUCAUCAGCGCAUUUCCGCCGCUGCUUACACAUUCUCCGCGGCACUGCCUGCUCUUCUGUCGACAACUGCCAGUGCCACAAUUAAUAUCCUUCAGAAUAGCCCUGAAACGAUAUCCCAGCUGCGGGAGCAUACCAAGGCCAUGUGGGCACAGCUUGACCCCCGUAGUGACUGGGUAUACUGUACUAGUGCUCCCGAGAAUCCUAUCAUGAUUUUGGCCCUUAAGCCUGAAGUGGUUGCUGCUAAGAGACUGUCGGUUGAAGACCAGCAAUUUCUGCUGCAGGAUGUGGUGGAUGAGUGCCUUGCAAAUGGUGUCCUAAUCACCCGCCUCAAGACCCUCCUAGAUAACUUUGAGCCGAAGCAGGUCGUUUACCCAGCAUUGAAGGUCUGCGUGACGACCGGCUUGACGAAGAAGGAGAUCGAGAAAGCUGGAACCAUUAUCCGUCAUGCUAUCACGAAAGUACUGAGCAAAAAGAAGUAAUCCUUACGUUUUC